AUGUGGGAUAAAAACCCCUCUACUGCCACCAAAAAUACCGCAAUCGAGUGUGCCACAGGCCAAAAGGUUCAUGUCAUCUUUUGCGGUGUGUCCCGAUACAGCAAUCUUGGCACGGCACCUUCAGAAUUUAUAAGUAUCCCGGUCUAUCCUUUUUAUAGCGCUUAUGAAGGCAAAUUACUGCAGUACUUCACACGAGAAUACCUUGAGAAUCUCGAACAUGACCUCGGGCGUGGUCUCGUCGCGAAGGUGACUCCUGCUAUGGAAGGCCGAGAAGGGAGCCACGAUGACGGCGAAUAUUUCUUGGUACACCAAAUCGUUCUAGCCAUGAUCGCCGCUAAAGAAUCUGGACUUGUAUCGAUGGAGCUUCGCAGCCCGAAAUGGGUCUCAGACAUGGUUGCAACUCACGAACUUCCAGGUCAUGUAGCCGAUAUUUCCGCCGAUAAGGUUGUUAUAUUUGCCCCAUGGGAGAGCGACCAUCUGAACGGCGAUGUCAUAGAACGCUUUUACAUGCAGACACAAGAAGCCACCGCAUUUCACGAGAACUUACAAAUUUACCCGACCCGCGAGGAAAGCCACGCAGCAGGGCUUAAGCUCAUCGAUAUUGCUGUCCUCGACAGGAUCGCAAGAGACGCUGCAACCCCCUUCGAGUUCUCUUACCGACCACGGACUUGCUUGGGACGAGGUAAAUGCACCAUGGCCGACUGGCCAAAGAAGAUGGUUCUUAAACGUAAUUUCAGCUGUGGCUCUAGGGAUGUUCGUUUCGUUUCUGCCCGGAAUAAGGCUUCUUGGAACGUUCUUGCAUGCACUGGCCGCAAACAUGAGUCAAGUAGAACAAGAAGAGGCGAGAAGACUACUUGGUUUCACCAGGAAUACGUUGAGAGCUUAGGCGAAUGGGGCGAGAUUCGUGUAAUGAUGAUUGGAGGCGAGAUUAUAAUAUACUCUCGAACACAGUGGAUCAAGGAUAAAAAGGCCCAGAAAAAGAUCCUUCAUGUGCGGAGGUUCAUCUCAGAUGUGGAUCUCGAAUGGCACUCCAAGGAUGGAGAGAGACGGAAAGAAAAAUAUCAAGAGCUGGAAGGAUUUUGCAAGUUUAUUUACCGUGCUAUCAUAAGCUCACCUGAAGCAGAGAGGUAUUUUGAAUCUUUGUAUGCUGGGCUGAGGCUGGAUAUCGGGAUCUCGGAUGAUGGCCGCUUUUUCGUUAAUGAGCUCACUCGUUGGUAUGAGGCGGAUCUUUUCAGUAUGCAGCUCUCUGGUAGUGAUAGAACUGCUAUUACUGAAAGGUUUGGCGAAAACUUUGCCAAAACAAUAUCGAAUAAAUAA